AUGGAUUUAAGAGUGGGUAAAAAAUACCGUAUUGGACGUAAAAUUGGAUCAGGUUCAUUUGGAGAUAUUUAUUUGGGAACUAACAUUAUAUCUGGUGAAGAAGUUGCUAUCAAAUUAGAAAAUACUAAAGCCAAACAUCCUCAAUUGGAAUAUGAAGCCAAAGUUUAUAAAGCUUUGAGUGGUGGAGUUGGUAUUCCAUUUGUUAGAUGGUAUGGUACUGAAUGUGAUUAUAAUGCCAUGGUUAUUGAUUUAUUGGGUCCAUCAUUAGAAGAUUUAUUCAAUUAUUGUAAUCGUAAAUUCACUUAUAAAACUGUUUUAUUAUUAGCUGAUCAAUUAAUUUGUCGUAUUGAAUAUAUUCAUGCCAGAUGUUUUAUUCAUCGUGAUAUUAAACCGGAUAAUUUUUUAAUGGGGAUUGGUAGAAGAGGUUCUCAAGUUAAUGUCAUUGAUUUUGGAUUAGCUAAGAAAUAUAGAGAUCCAAGAACUCAUUUACAUAUUCCUUACAGAGAAAAUAAGAAUUUAACUGGUACUGCCAGAUAUGCUAGUGUUAAUACUCAUUUAGGUAUUGAACAAAGUAGAAGAGAUGAUUUGGAAAGUUUAGGAUAUGUUUUGAUUUAUUUUUGUCGAGGAUCAUUACCAUGGCAAGGAUUAAAAGCUGCUACAAAAAGACAAAAAUAUGAUAGAAUUAUGGAAAAAAAAAUGACUACUCCAAAUAAUAUUUUAUGUAAAGGUUUACCAUCAGAAUUUUUGGAAUAUAUGAAUUAUGUGAAAACUUUAAGAUUUGAUGAUAAACCUGAUUAUCCAUAUUUAAGAAAAUUAUUUAGAGAUUUAUUUAAAAAAGAAAAUUAUAGAUAUGAUUAUGUUUUUGAUUGGACUUUAUAUAAAUUUCAACAAGAAAAACAAAGAGCACAACAAGGUAAAAUAGUUGAUGGUGAUAAUCAAGAUCAACAACAAAAUAAUCAAAUUCAAAAUCAAAAUCAAAAUCAAAAUCAACAGGCACAAAUUACUGCACCACAAGCAUCAGUCCCAGUAUCACAACAACAACAACAACAACAAAUUCCACAACAUAUCCCAACACCACAACAACAACUUCCACCACCUCAACAACAACAACAACAACAAAAGGCUUCUGUCACCCCUCAAUUACAACAAUAUACUGAUCAACGUCUUCAAACCCAACGAGCUGUAUAUCAACUGAAUCAGAAUUAUAGUGGCAGCAAAGUUACUCAACCACAAUCACAACCACAACCACAACCUCCACAACAAGGUAAUCCAGCAUGGCUUUAG